AUGUGCAAAACAAAAGAGGACUCGAAUUACACCACAGUGAACGUUUCAUUCUGUCGAAUAGAUCGUGCAAACCAUCCAUUGCAGCAAGCAAUUUUGGUCGAAACUCCCAUUUUAUGGUCUGCUGGCAAGCAGAUCAUCAGUUUGUACCGUACAAAACGAUGCCGAGCACCAGACAGCAUGGCAAGAGAUACCGAACUAGUCUCCAACGUUAUCACAGAACCAAAAACAGACCGGGCCUAUGGUGCUUGCGAAAUAACAAGGCCAACCGUGUGCGUGCAUCCAAACGAAAAAGGAAAUAUUUACGCCAUAAGAUCUGAUUUACAAACAAAAACCGCGAUCAUGAUAAAUACCGCAGUGCCAAUCAAACGCUCUGCACUCGUACAAAGCUGGUCAGGUGAGGAAUGCCUAAUAAAAUGCUUUAACAAAUUUUAG